GCGGAUGAGGCGGGCGGCGGCGGCGGAUGAGGCGGGGCCGCGCCGGGCCGGGCUGAGCCGCGCCGGCACCCGCGGCCAUGAGCUACGAGCAGCGCCGUGACUGGGGCCGCGGGCGCGGCCGGGGCCGGGGCCGUGGCGGCGAUGGCGGCGCCGCCUCCCCCGCUCCCUCAGCGGCGGGCGGGCCCGGCGGGCGGGGACGGCACCCCGGGCACCUGAAGGGCCGCGAGAUCGGGCUGUGGUACGCCCGCAGGCAGGGCCAGAAGAGCCGGGACGCCGACCGGCAGCAGAGAGCUGUGGUGCGCAUGGACGAGCGCAGGGAAGAGCAGAUCGUGCAGCUGCUGAAUUCUGUCCAGACUAAAAACGACAAAGAGCAAGAAGCCAUGUCCUGGUGGUCCGGGGAUGAAGAAGGCCCUGCUCCCGAGCAGCCUGCCAAGGUGAAGCCAGAUGCUGAGAAGGCUCCUGUAAGACAGACACCAGCCUGGGAAAAAACAUCCCUGGAUUUGGACGUGGAAUUUCUCUGUGAAAAAACUGAGCAGGAUGCUGAUUUAGAUGAGCAACUUAAAGAAGACUUAAUGAAGAAGAGAUCUGAUCCCAGAUAUAUUGAAAUGCAGAGAUUCCGAGAGAAGCUCCCCUCAUACGGGAUGAGAGAGGAGCUGGUGAGGCUGAUCAACGGCAACCGCGUGACGGUGAUCAGCGGCGAGACGGGCUGCGGCAAGACCACGCAGGUGACUCAGUUCAUCCUGGACGACCACAUCGAGCGCGGCCUGGGCUCCACCUGCAGGAUCGUGUGCACGCAGCCCCGCAGGAUCAGCGCCAUCUCCGUGGCUGAGAGAGUGGCUGCUGAGAGGGCAGAGAGCUGUGGCAAUGGCAGGAGCACGGGGUACCAGAUCCGCCUGCAGAGUCGCUUGCCAAGGAAACAAGGUUCAAUUUUGUACUGUACCACGGGAAUUGUCCUGCAGUGGCUCCAGUCAGAUAAGCACUUGUCCAGCAUCAGUCAUGUAGUUCUUGAUGAAAUCCAUGAAAGAAAUCUUCAAUCAGAUGUUUUAAUGAGCAUUAUUAAAGAUCUUCUGAAUGUUCGGCUGGAUCUGAAAGUCAUACUGAUGAGUGCUACUUUAAAUGCAGAGAAGUUUUCCGAGUACUUUGACCACUGCCCAAUGAUUCACAUCCCUGGCUUCACUUUCCCAGUGGUGGAAUAUCUGCUCGAAGAUGUCAUUGAGAAGUUGAGGUACACCCCGGAGAAGACGGACCGCCGGAUGCACUGGAGGAGGGGCUUCAUGCAGGGCCACAUGAGCAGGCCAGAGAAGGAGGAGAAGGAGGAGAUCUACAGGCAGCAGUGGCCAAGCUACCUAAGGGAGCUGCAGGGCAGGUAUUCAGCAAGUACAAUCAGUGCCCUGGAAAUGAUGGAUGAUGACAAGGUGGACCUGGACCUCAUAGCAGCACUGAUCAGACACAUUGUGCUGGAAGAGGAGGAUGGUGCUAUUCUGGUGUUUCUGCCAGGCUGGGAUAACAUCAGCACUUUGCAUGAGCUCUUGAUGUCUCAAGUCAUGUUUAAGUCAGAUAGGUUUAUUAUCAUACCUUUGCACUCACUGAUGCCUACUGUUAACCAGACUCAGGUGUUCAAGAAGACCCCGCCCGGAGUGAGGAAAAUUGUGAUUGCAACCAACAUUGCAGAAACCAGCAUCACGAUUGAUGACGUCGUGUUCGUUAUAGAUGGGGGGAAAAUAAAGGAGACUCACUUUGACACCCAGAACAACAUCAGCACCAUGGCAGCAGAGUGGGUCAGCAAAGCCAAUGCCAAGCAGAGGAAGGGUCGAGCAGGAAGGGUUCAGCCAGGCCACUGUUACCAUCUGUACAACGGGCUGCGUGCCAGCCUUCUGGAUGAUUAUCAGUUACCAGAGAUCCUGAGGACACCCUUGGAGGAGCUCUGCUUACAAAUCAAGAUCCUGAGGCUCGGUGGAAUUGCCCAUUUCCUGAGCAAGCUGAUGGACCCCCCGUCUCGCGAUGCUGUCAUGUUGGCCAUCAAUCACCUCAUGGAGCUGAAUGCUCUGGACAGGCAGGAGGAGCUGACUCCCCUGGGUGUGCACCUGGCACGGCUGCCCGUGGAGCCACACAUCGGGAAGAUGAUCCUGUUUGGAGCCUUGUUCUGCUGCCUGGACCCCGUGCUGACCAUUGCAGCCAGCCUCAGCUUCAAGGACCCUUUUGUCAUCCCUCUGGGCAAAGAGAAAAUCGCAGACGCAAGAAGAAAAGAGCUGUCAAAGAACUCGAAGAGCGACCAUCUGACUGUGGUGAAUGCCUUCACUGGCUGGGAAGAGGCUCGGAGUUGCGGUUUCAGGAAUGAGAAGGACUAUUGCUGGGAAUAUUUCCUGUCCUCAAAUACCAUGCAGAUGCUGCAUAACAUGAAAGGGCAGUUUGCUGAGCAUCUCCUUGCAGCUGGAUUUGUGAACAGCAGAAACCCCAAGGAUCCCAAAUCUAACACCAACUCAGGCAAUGAGAAGCUGCUCAAAGCAGUCAUCUGUGCUGGCCUCUAUCCCAAAGUGGCGAAGAUCCGGCCCAGCUUCAGCAAAAAGAGGAAAAUGGUGAAAGUUUGCACCAAGACAGAUGGAUCAGUUAAUAUCCAUCCCAAAUCAGUGAACGUGGAGGAAACAGAGUUCCAUUAUAACUGGCUCGUGUACCAUUUGAAGAUGAGGACCAGCAGUAUUUACCUGUAUGAUUGUACGGAGGUGUCUCCAUACUGCCUCUUGUUCUUUGGAGGGGAUAUUUCCAUUCAGAAGGAUAAGGACCAGGACACCAUCGCUGUGGAUGAGUGGAUUGUUUUCCAGUCUCCAGAAAAAAUAGCAAACUUGGUCAAGAAAUUGAGAAAAGAACUCGAUGAUCUUCUACAAGAAAAAAUAGAGAACCCCCAUCCCGUGGACUGGAAUGAUAUUAAAUGCAGGGACACAGCAGUGCUGACAGCCAUUAUAGACUUGAUCACCACGCAGGAGAACGAGGGCGUCAGGAACUUCGCGCCGCGCUUCCAGGGCGAGCGCUACAGCUGACCCCUCCCCAGCCAGCCUUUCGAUAGCAUUUCUGUAGCUAGAGGAACAACUUUGGUAGGGUAAGCUGGAGAUUUCCUCUUCCUGAGGAGCAGUUACUCGGAGCUAGUUGGCAGUGUGUGUGUGCAUGUGUUCUGUGCUCGGUGUAGCUUCGUGAGGGACAGAAAGGCCGUUGUUGGAUGGUGUAAGGUUCUUGUCCUGCUGUAGCUGUUUUCUUUGGGUUUUUUACCCAUCAGGUAACAGAUAUUUAAAAAAACCUGCUAAAAUACUGCUUAGUAAUACCUAAACUGUUUUGUUGGUUUUUUUUUAAUGGGGUGUGGUGAGUAAUUAUACUUGCUGUGUUAUUCCAGCUGUGCAGCAGUCUGCUCACCAGCACUUCCACAGAAGGUAAUUACAGCUUAAUUUAACUAAACUCGAAAACACUUGUUGAAUUUGUACGGUGGGAGGAAACAAUCUUCAGAAAUUCUUCUCCUUUUCUGCAUUUCAUCCCAUUCAAUUAAUCUUCCUUUGUUUUCUGUCCCCAUCCAUCAUCACUACUGACUGAAAUUGCAGAUUGCAGAAAGCAUGGUUAGAAGAAAGUCAUGUUGGGUUAUGUGUUAAGGUUUCAUUGCAUUCGAGGGGUUUUUUUGUUUGUUUGUGGGGUUUUUUUGUUUUGUUUUGUAUUUUUUUAAGAAGUUCAUGUAUGGGUUAUAGUAUUCCAUUAAGAGUCUUUUUUUGCAAGUCUUAUUUCAACUGUUCUCAAUGUUUUGAAUGUUCUGUUCUGAAUGAUCUCCAGCUAUGGAAGAUUAUUGGAAUAACAAAGUUUGUUAAGGAUUUUGAGGUUUAUCCUUGAGAGAAAAAAAAAGCCUGGAAAUACAACUUUUCUCCCUUC